AUGGCCUCACCCCUAGAGCAUUAUGUCAAUCAUGUCCGGGCGCAAAGCAGUCAAGGCAACUUUCGCGAGUUGGUCGAGUACCUGGUGGAAUCAAACGAGCUGGUAACCAAAAAUGGCAACAUCCUAGACAACGUGCUGGAAACGUUAGACAUUCAACAGCACUCGUUGGGGUACCUGUUCGUAUUAGCGGCGAAAUUCUAUGAUUCAAGCGUAAAAAACAUACUCCGAAGCGUACGGGAAUUCAUCACUUCCUGUAACGGCGAACAGGUCCGGCAUGCACCACAAGUUUAUUACGAGCUGUGUCACCACCUGACGACAGCGUUGGUGAAAACCAAAAAGCACAUAAUCCAGGGCAUCCAUGUGCUGGCGUUAGCGGUGGAGAAAAUCCGCCUGUUCAAUACCCAGCUAACGCCCAUCCACGCCGACCUGUGUCAGCUGUGUCUAUGCGCGAAGUUGUUUAAUCCGGCGAUACGCGUGCUAGACAUAGAUAUCGCCGCGAUCGCCACCACCGACGAUAACUACUCGGACACAAAGUACUUCCUGCUGUACUACUACUACGGCGGUAUGAUCUACGCUGCCGUGAAGAACUAUGAGCGGGCGCUGUACUUCUUUGAGGUCGCCGUGUCGACACCUGCCCUGGCAAUGUCGCACAUUAUGCUCGAGUCGUACAAGAAGUACAUCCUUGUGUCGCUCAUCCUGCACGGCAAGGUGCUGCCAAUACCGAAGUACUCGUCCCAAGUAAUCACGCGGUUCAUGAAGCCGCUCAGCCACGCGUACCAUGAUCUGUCAGCCGCGUAUAACUCCUCGUCUCCGGACGAGGUGCGGAACGUAGUGAACAAGUUCCGGGAUACGUUUCAGCGCGAUACGAACAUGGGCUUGGUGAAGCAGGUUGUUGCCUCGUUGUACAAGAAAAACAUUCAACGACUGACAAAAACCUUUCUUACGUUGUCGCUUGCCGACGUGGCCAGUCGGGUUCAGUUGAGCGGACCUGCCGAGGCGGAGAAGUACAUUCUCAAUAUGAUUAAAUCGGGUGAAAUCUUUGCCACAAUUAAUCAGAAGGAUGGCAUGGUCGUGUUCAAAGACGAUCCAGAGGAGUACAACGACCAGGAGGUGUUCGAAAUGGUGCAGCAUCAGAUAGGCUUAGUGAUGGGGCUGAACAAGCAAAUUCUUAAGAUGGACGAGGAGAUAAAGCUCAAUCCAGUGUUUGUUAAAAAAUCGUUUGGCAACCAGGAGGACGACGGCAUCGGUUGUAAUUCGAAGGCGUACAGCAGUGAUCCAACGGAAUAAGUUGUUAAAUUUGUGUAAAAAAAGACAAACAGAAAACAAAAGAAACUCCAACAUUAGUAACGCAGCCUCGUGAGAGUGUGGCACAACGAUAAAAAGGCAGGCAACAGACGCAGGAACAGGAACGAUACGAAUCCCAACGAAUCGAAUUGAUAACUUAAAUGGCAGAUGAAUCUGGGUGGAACAGAUGUAAAAAUGCGAGGCGUCUAGAAUGGUCGUUUCUACUACUACUACACGCCCAAGGAAUUGUCGAUGGAUGUCCUUCGCUCCUUUUUUAAUCCUCCACAAUCUUCCUCCAUUCCUCCGUUGUAGUGUCUUGGAAGUUAUGUUUUUCUUUCCAUUGCCCUCCAUGUCUUCGGGUCGGAAAAAUUGAAAUUUCUCCACUUUGUUGCCCACUCCAUAGCUCCCGUCCUCCCACAUCUCUAUGCCGCUAACGUCACUCGAUGAGUA